AUGGCUUGGUCGUCGUUGCCGUUUGUGGUGCUGUUCGCCCUGGCCGUCUCCGCGCAGCUCGGCGCGUCCGACCUGGCGCCGGACUACUACAGCGACACCUGCCCCAACCUGGAAACCAUUGGUUGCGACGGAUCGGUGCUGAUCAGCUCGACGGCGGGGAGCGCGGCGGAGAGGGACGCCGACGACAACAAGUCCCUGGCGUUCGAAGGCUUCGACACGGUGAACGCCGCCAAGGUCGCCGUGGAGGCCGCGUGCCCCGACCUGGUCUCCUGCGCCGACAUACUCACCAUCGCCACACGAGACGCCAUCUCCAUGAGCGGCGGUCCCUUCUACCCGGUGGAGCUGGGCAGGCUGGACGGCCUGAGCUCCAGCGCCAGCAGCGUGCCGGGCCUGCUGCCGCGUCCUACCCACACCAUUAACCAGCUGAUCGCAAUCUUCAGAGCUCAUGGACUCACCACGUCGCACAUGGUCGCUCUCUCAGCGGCGCACACCGUGGGGCUUGCGCACUGCGGCACGUUCAGGGACCGGGUGUACGGCAACCCGGCGGACCCGACGCUGAACCCCACCUACGCGGCGUUCCUCAGGACCAAGUGCCCCGCCGACGGGUCGUCGGACCCCAUGGUGCUCAUGGACCAGUCCUCGCCGGCGACCUUCGACAACCAGUACUUCCGGAACCUGCAGGACGGCGGCGGCCUGCUCGCCUCCGACCAGGUGCUCUACACCGACAGCCGCACCCGCACCAACGUCAACGCGUUGGCCAACAGCACGGCCGCCUUCAACUCGGCCUUCGUCGACGCCAUUACCAAGCUCGGCCGCGUCGGGGUCAAGUCCGGCAGCCAGGGCAACAUACGCCAGCAGUGCGACGUCUUCAACUGA